GCCCUCUUGCUCCUCUUCGCCUCCGCCGCCGUUCCGGAUCCGCCGCCAUCCGCGCCGGCCUGUAGCCCGCCGCCCGCCCCGCCGCCAUGCCGCCCAAGUUCGACCCCAACGAGAUCAAAGUCGUGUUCUUGAGAUGUACCGGAGGUGAAGUUGGAGCCACUUCAGCUCUGGCUCCCAAAAUCGGUCCUUUGGGUCUGUCUCCCAAAAAGGUGGGGGAUGACAUUGCGAAGGCCACCGGGGACUGGAAAGGGCUGAGGAUCACCGUGAAGCUGACCAUCCAGAACAGGCAAGCCCAGAUCGAGGUGGUCCCAUCCGCCUCCGCCUUGAUCAUCAAAGCUCUGAAGGAGCCCCCCCGCGACCGCAAGAAGCAGAAGAACAUCAAGCACAGUGGCAGCGUCAGCUUCGACGAGAUCGUCAGCAUUGCCCGGCAGAUGCGGCACAGGUCCUUGGCCCGGGAGCUCUCAGGGACCAUUAAGGAGAUCUUAGGAACCGCCCAGUCCGUGGGCUGCAGCAUCGACGGCCGGCAUCCCCACGACGUCAUCGAUGACAUCGAUAGUGGUGCGGUUGAAUGCCCGGCGAGCUAAGGCUGCUGCCCCGAAUGGACUCCGCACAGCAAGUUCUGUAUUAGCGCAUCUUGGUAAUAAAACAACUACGUGCAGUUUGUGUGA